AUGCUGUGCAGAAGAUGAAAAAAGAAGGUGUGACCUGUGUGGUUAACACAGGGCAGGCCAUCAGCUAUGCUUGCAAGGUGCUAUUGAUGAUUUUUGUACCAGUGAUGUGUGUGGGGGAGGGGGGUUAUAUGUAGAUUGUAUGCAAGAGCUAUAAAAGGCCCAAGAGUAUAGAGUUCAGGGCCGUACCCCGUGGUGAAGACUUCCUCGCUGUUAUUUUCAUAUUUUUGAUUGCUUAUGAGUUAUUGUCUAUUAAUAAAGCGAAGCCAUUACAAAUGGUGAUGCGUUAAAACUUUAUUAAAUGAAGAGUCUCAGAGUAAUUUAUAUAUAUGAGUAACAUAUUCUUCUGUAACUGAAUAUACCUACUAAGCCUUAAGAGGCUCGACCCAGCUGAGCAGGAGGAAUCCAGGUCCUUUGGUCGCAUAACCGAAUCUCAAAGUGUUUUGAGAACAAAAGCUUAUUGAUUGUGUAAUGAUGACCAUCAUCUCUCUGCUCCUGCUGGCCUCUCUGCUGCCACACCUGACCUUCACUGCUCAUGUGAAUGUGGGUAUAGUGAAUGGCACAGAAGCAAAACCCCACUCCAGACCUUACAUGGUUUCACUUCAGAAGUACUUUAAACAUGUCUGUGGUGGAUUCCUCAUUUCUGACGAGUUUGUCUUGACUGCUGCACAUUGCAAUAAGGAGGGACUAACAGCUGUGGUUGGUGCACAUGACUUAAAAAAAGAUAAAGGGUCCAUCCACAUUAGAGUGAAGUCCUACCACAUUCAUCCGGACUUUAACUUUCACACUUUGCUGAAUGACAUUAUGCUUUUGAGGUUAGAGAAAGAAGUCGAACAAAACAAGAUUGUCAAGAGGAUUUCCAUACCAACUCAAGAGGGAGACAUCGAAGCUGAUUCUGUCUGCAGUGUUGCCGGCUGGGGAAGACUGGGUUUAAAAGGGAAAAAGAGCGAUCUUCUCAUGGAAGUAGAUGUGAAGAUCAUGAAUAACACAGAAUGCAAAAAUAAAUGGAAAGACAUCUACUCAGCCUCAAAGAUGAUGUGUGUCUACGGCCAUGGAGGAAGCUGUAGUGGGGAUUCAGGAGGUCCUUUAGUUUGUGGAGACACUGCAGUUGGUAUCACUUCCUUUGGUGACCCAAAAGCCUGCAAUAGUCGUACACGACCUGAAGUUUAUGCAAAGAUUUCAGCAUAUCUUCCAUGGAUCGACUCCAUAAUUGCAAAUGUCAAGUGAUUUUUGCAAUGAAAAAGGGCGAAGUAUUUGUUUGAAUGUUUAAUAAACAAAUCAUGUGUGAAGCAUCAA